AGAAGAGGGCAGACACAAUGGAAAUACAAGAUGAAAUCUAUAGAUACGAAUGGAAAGCCGGCAAUACCUCAAGAAUCUCAGUCACCCCGACCCCAAACUAAACUCUCGGCAGACAUGAGCCCUGCUUUAAUAGCGCAAGCUAAUUGGACAUUCGUAGAAAAAUUGCUCAAGGAUUGUAAGUCCAAGACGAAGAGAAUGUUAGUAGAAAAAAUGGGAUCGGAAGCCGUUGCACUUGGUCACGGGGGCGAGUCUCUGUCUGACGUUGAGGAGAAUACUCUGGUCGCUAGUCUCUGUGAUCUGUUGGAACGAGUAUGGAGCCAUGGAUUACAAAAUAAGCAGGGCAAAAGCGCUCUUUGGUCGCACUUGACUAUGUAUCAGGAAUCGGAAGAAUGUAAUGACGCGACUAAAUCUAUAGAUUCCAACUUUCUUUCUCCUGCUAAGAAAUCUCCGAAUAAGUUUUUCGGAAUAUCGGAUCGUUUGGUUUCAUCUUUGAGAGGCAAAAGUAUUAUUGAAAUUGCUUCUUACAUCAAGGACAAUUUUAAUGAUUUGUCAAAUUUGCAAUUGGAGACGGACGUUUCACCCACAAGAGGCGCGGACAAGCACAAGUCUUCUAGUGAAAGGAAAACCAUCGGUCCUGAACACUUGAGACCUCUCCCGGAUUCUUUAAUCUUCGACAUCCGCAACGUUCAAGCGAUGACUGAUAUUAAAACACACAUUGGAUAUGCCAGAGCGUGGGUGCGGCUAGCGCUUGAAAAGAAAUUGCUGUCGCGUCAUUUGAAGACAUUAUUGUCGGAUAAUGCUUUAUUAAGGACCCAGUACAAACGAUCAGCGUUUUUACGCUGUGAAGAAGAGAAAGAGCAAUUCUUGUAUCAUCUUCUAACGUUGAACGCCGUCGAUUACUUUUGUUUCACAAAUAAUUAUCCAACGACGAAGUUACCGUACCGAGUUGUGAUAUUUCCCAGUCGAAAAGCAAGCGCCGCUACUACUUCGGCUAAUAGUUGGAUUGCUAUUUCUGGCACACUCUGCGAAACUAAUCCCGUACCCAUACCAAAGGGAGCACUUGAAUUUGUAUUUCAUCAUAAAAAUUUAGGCGUAUUGUCUACGUUACGGAUUGGACAUGACAAUACCGGGUUGUCGCCAAAAUGGAUGGUGGAGCACGUUGUAGUGAGAAACGAAGUGACCGGACACACAUUUAAGUUUCCCUGUGGUCGUUGGCUUGGCAGAGGAAUAGAUGACGGGUCUACCGAACGUUUAUUAGUGGGUGCUUUAGUACCUCGAAGCAUUGAUAGCGAGGAGUUGGUGGAGUCAUGUUCCACGCCUCCAAGAUGUAGAUCCCCAAGUAUACCUAGGCGUCCUAUAUUCUCGCAAGUUGAACUGCAACAUAUGCUAGGCGAAGCUGUAAACGCCAUAGUUAAAUAUCACUACAGAAGAGAAUGUCAAGAUGGUUCCUUGACAGCACUAUUAUGCGGAGAAGGAGGUCUCGUACCGUCUUUAGAACAAAUAUUUUUAUUUGGCUUUAAAAAUCAAAGGAUAUUUGGAAGGAACUUUUAUGUAUGGGACUAUCUCUUACGCAUAAAAGAAAAUUUUGAGAUUUCCCUGUUGGAGGAAAUGGACGAAUAUUCUCAAAGGCUCAACCGCGAUAGAAGAGUAUACACAGCAAGCAGUCAAAGAUUUACGAUCUUGAGAUGCUAUUGUCAUCUUAUCGAUCAGAUCAAUAUGUUCAGUCAAACUUUAGGGAAAGAUGGGGAAUUCCAAUUAUUUAUUUGUUUAGCGGCGAGAGAACAACUUCUUCAUCCAAUGUUGCGGCCGAUGAGCGAUGCGCGUUCUACGAUGGAUAUGUAUGAGGAAAAUUCGUUUUUGAGAAAUCCCACAUUACUGACCUUUCUUGUUCAUAUUCUUGAACCGUUGAGCGAAUUCCACAUUGUCCUCGAGAAGAGCUUGACCCAUGGAAUUUCGAGUAUAUGUUAAUAUUUGUCAAAACGUAUCGAUGUACAUUAAUUUGUUGCAAGUUCUUUUUGAUAAAUAUCGCGAAUUACGAAAUAUUUCUAAUUUAAAAAGUGGUACG